AUGGCUGCUUCCAACAUGUCUGUCUGCUCUAAUGACCUAAGCUAUUGCAGCUGUGUCUGCCUGCCCGGGUCCUGUGAGUCUUGCACUGACUCCUCCUGGGAGGUGGACAACAGCCCAGAGAGCUACUGCGAACCACCCUGCUGUGCCCCCACCUGCUGCCAGUCCACCUGCUGUGCUCCCAUAUGCUGUGCCCUGGCCUCCUGCCAGACUCUCAUCUGCACCCCUGUGAGCUGUGUGUCCAGCCCCUGCUGCCAGGCAACCUGUGGGUCCAGCUCCUGCCAAUCCAUCUGCACUAGCUCCUGUGAGCCUUCCUGCUGCCAGCAGUCUAGCUGCCAGCCUGCAUGCUGCACACUCUCCCCCUGCCAGCAGGCCUGCUGUGUGCCUGUCUGCUGCAAGCCCUUCUGCUGUGAGCCCAUCUGCUGCAAGCCUGUCUGCUGUGUGCCUGUCUCUUGCAAGCGCGUCUGUUGUGAGCCUGUUUGCUACAAGCCUGUGUGCUGUGUCCCUGUCUGCUGGGGGGCCAGCCCCUGCCCUGCCCCCUCAUGCUGCCAGCCCUCUACCUGUACAACCUCCUGCUGUAAACCCUCCUCCUGUGUGUCCCUCAUCUGCCAACCUGUGUGCAAGCCUGCCUGCUGUGUGUCCUCCUCCUCCUGCUGUGCCCCUGCCUCCUCUAGUGUGUCCUUGCUCUGCCGCCCCUUGUGCAAGCCUGCCUGCUGUGGCUCUUCCUUGGGGCAGAAUCCCUGCUGCUGA